GAAGAACCCACGGAACGCAGGGCCAGCCUGGCCGAAAAGUGCGACACUCCAUCUCCACAAAGGGAAGCUGGACAUGGUAGCAGGCACCUAUGAUUCCAGCAAGAACCACAAAUCCCCGCUUGCAGGUGAAGCAGGGGCCUGUUCUGUGUCCUCAGAACCACGUCACCCCGGCAGGCCUGCCGCUGCCAUGCCGUCGCUGCUUUGUCAAGUAAAAAGUCUUCUGAGAGGGCCCUGAGUGUCCAGCGGUUGGAGGAAAUACCACUCAUCCUGGGAAGCUGUCCCCAGCAGCGAGCCUCCCUCCUCCUCUUUGAUUCUUCUACCUUGGACCAUGGGCCACAGGGUGUGGCUGCCAGGCCUCUGAGCGCUGUAUGGCUCAGCAGAACCCUGAGCACCGGGGGCGUGAGGGCUGAUGUCUGCAGCUCUCCUCCAGGAGGGGCAGACCCUGCUGUCCUCAGCUUACCAGCAGAGCCCCAGGCAUGGCGCUGAGACACGUUGUGCUUCUGGCUGGCCUCCUAGUUGGAGUCACCGACAAGUCUACAGAAAGCAAGGUCCAGCAGCUCGAGUGUUGCAUAGAGGUCAAUACCACCUGCACAGGCACCGGCCUUUGUGGCCCAGGCUGCUACCGGCACUGGGACGCCGACGGGACCACCAGCUGCGUGCGAUGCCAGAACGGGACCCUCCUAGCCUACAACAGCUCCGAGUGCAGAGGCUCUACUGGCCAGGGAGCACAACUCCCCAUGAACAGGAGCACAGGGACGCCUGGGCGGCCACAUGUGGGAGGAACCUACGUGGCAGCAUCCCUUUUCCUGGGGACGUUUCUCAUCAGCGCAGGCCUCAUUCUCUCUGUGGCUGGCUUCUUCUAUCUCAAGCGAUCCAGCAAGCUCCCCAGGGUCUUCUACAGAAAAGACAGAGCCCCUGUCCUGCAGCCUGGUGAAGCCGCUGCAAUGAUCCCCCCGCCACAGUCCUCAGUGAGGAAGCCACGAUACGUCAGACGCGAGAGGCCCCCAGAAAGAUCCAGGGACCCCUCUGCCUUCUCUGCAGCGGAGUCCCGUAUCAGCAACGUCUAACCUGGAGGCCAGCCGAGACUCCAUCCUGCAGCAGUGGUUCAGAUGAGCCCAGCACACCAGAGGGCCAGUGUUGCCUGUGACUUUUGGGACAGGCCAGAAUAGGCUUCCAGAGACAGAGGGUCCCUGUGGUCCUGCCACCCGCUUAUGCUGGUAGACCAGAUCGUGGGGCGUGGGAGCAAGGUGUUUGGGGAACUGGACCCCUGAGUGGAAACAUUAGGUCCUAGCAGCUACAGCCAAAACACAGGCCUGAUCCAAAUGGCGGAGACCCACACAGCUUCUGGGGGCCACCACUGCUCGGCAUCUGCCAGAGCUCAGCACCCACAGGCCAAGUGGCCCUCACAGACCCUUCCAGGAGGGGUGAGGCCAGGCUCAGCCAGUGAAGAGGACGUGAUCUGGGAACCAGCAGAGACAGACGGCUCCCAGAUCAUCCACAGAACCAGAACCUGAGACCCCCACGGCUGGAGUGCACGUUUGAAGGAGCUCAGAAUCGAUUUCCCCGUUUGUGUUAAGCAGAAAUUCCCAGAAGCUGUCAGCCAGCUGCUGGUCCAGUGGACAGACCCCAGCCAGCAGACACCACACGGGCACCUGCCGUGACAUGUCCACCCUAGGACCUCUACGUCUGAGCCCUUGCUGGUCUGCUCUGACUGGCCCCAGGCCAUAGAAGAGCCGCAGGCCCCUAGCCUGUGAUGCCUGUUUAGCCUUAGCCCAUCCUGUUCACACCGUUGUUGGCACUGAUGAAGCUGUUCUCCCAGGCUUGAGUGGGCUGUUUCCGCAGCACCAGCAGCUCAGGCCAAUCUAAAC